UCCUUUGCAGGUCUCUGAACCCCGACUGAGUCAUCGCCAGCUUGGUUCAAGAUGCCACCGGCCAUCGGAGGCCCUGUGGGAUACACUCCUCCUGAAGGAGGAUGGGGGUGGGCCGUGGUCAUCGGAGCCUUCAUCUCCAUUGGGUUUUCCUAUGCUUUCCCCAAAUCCAUCACCGUGUUCUUCAAAGAGAUUGAGGUCAUCUUCAAUGCGUCCAGCAGCAAAGUCUCCUGGAUCUCCUCCAUCAUGCUGGCUGUGAUGUAUGCAGGAGGUCCCAUCAGCAGCGUCCUGGUGAACAAAUACGGCAGCCGGCCCAUCAUGAUCGCUGGCGGGUGCCUCUCCGGGUGCGGGCUGAUCGCAGCCUCCUUCUGCAACACGGUGGAGGAGCUCUACUUCUGCGUCGGGGUCGUGGGGGGCCUUGGACUUGCAUUUAACUUGAACCCAGCCCUAACAAUGAUUGGCAAAUAUUUCUUCAAGAAGCGUCCGCUGGCUAACGGGCUGGCGAUGGCGGGCAGCCCCGUGUUCCUCUCCACCCUGGCACCUGUGAACCAGCUCUUCUUCGGCAUAUUUGGCUGGCGUGGCAGCUUCCUCAUCCUCGGGGGUCUCUUGCUGAACUGCUGCGUCGCCGGAUCCCUGAUGCGGCCCAUAGGCCCAAAGCCAGAUCAGCUGAAGAAAGAGGCCGCUAAGGAUGUGCUGCAGGAAGCUGGGAAGGCGGUGAAAAAGGAUGAUGGUGACACUAGCACAGACCUCAUCGGUGGGAAGACCAAGAAACAGAAGAGCACAUUUUUCCAGACAAUCAACAAGUUCUUGGACCUGUCCCUGUUCACGCACAGGGGCUUCCUGCUCUAUCUGUCGGGCAACGUGAUCAUGUUCUUUGGGCUGUUCACUCCCUUGGUCUUCCUCAGCAAUUACGCAAAGAGCAAGAAGAUUGCGAAUGAGUCUGCAGCCUUCCUGCUCUCCAUCCUGGCCUUUGUAGACAUGGUGGCCAGACCUUCUAUGGGACUGGUGGCAAACACCAAGUGGAUCAGACCCAGAGUCCAGUACUUCUUUGCCAUCUCUGUGAUUUACAAUGGGGUGUGCCACCUCUUGGCCCCCAUGUCCACCACCUACGCUGGCUUCUGCAUUUACGCUGGCUUCUUCGGCUUUGCCUUCGGCUGGCUGAGCUCAGUCCUGUUUGAGACCCUGAUGGACCUGGUGGGAGCGCAGCGGUUCUCUAGUGCUGUCGGGCUGGUGACCAUCGUGGAGUGCUGCCCUGUGCUUCUCGGACCCCCCCUGCUAGGGAAGCUCAACGACAUGUAUGGUGACUACAAGUACACGUACUGGGCCUGCGGGAUCAUCCUCAUCGUCUCUGGGAUCUACCUCUUCAUCGGGAUGGGCAUCAACUACCGCCUGGUGGCAAAGGAGCAGAAGGGGGAGGAGAAGGCAAAGAACGAAGGGGAGGCACGAGCGCUGCUCCACAUGUUCAGUGUAAAAUACGGCUCUGCUUCUGGUGGGGAGCUGCAAAACGAAGAGGAGUGGAACGCCUGCAACUGCCAGGCAACGCCCAAACCCCCGCGGCAAAGCCCCUUCCCGCUGGGCGCCGCGAUGCCACUGCUCGUGCAGAUCCCACCACUUCACGGCUGCAAGCAGAGCUCCAAGCGCCUGCGCUGUGUCGAGAACGGCUGGAGGUGUUCUGCCGCCGCGCAGCGAAGGAACCUGCCCGGGCACCUGCGGCUGGAGGAGGCAGCUACCUGCUGUGCCACGGCCCCGAGCGAUGCUCCCCACCCGCCCAGCGCAGCCCCUGCCUCACCGAGAGAGGGUGGCCCAGGAAAGCACUCCACCUCGACGCGAAGGCUGCACGUGACGGAGGAACCAACACUUUCCCAGGAGGGGACCUUGCAGAAGCAUCUCACAGCUAAACGCCUGGAGCUGCUGUCUUCCCUCCGAGCAGCGAUGCGUUAA